UUUUGUUUAAUAUUUUCAAAUGCUUUGGUCCUUAGAGCAGGUUGAGGGCAUGCUGGGUGUCCUCAAAACCUCCACGGACAAAAAUGUUAUAUAUAAAUGCCUCGUCAAGCUGCGCACCGAUGUGGUUAAAGAUAAAGAUGGUAUUGUGUUGUUUCGAACUGCGGGGGGCGUUCCGGAAAUGGUUCGCCUGAUUACUAAACUCAACGAAAAGAUCAUGGAAGUCGUUUUGAGCAUAUUGGGCAAUUGCUGUACGGAUGAUUUGGCUUGCAUCGAGGCUGUGGAGUGUAAGGUGAUUGGACCGUUGGUGACCAUAUUGAAAACCAUUCCCAACUCGUUGAUUCAGUGUCGCGCCUGCCGCAUGCUCGGCAAUCUGGCGAAGAGCAAGAAGGUGUCCACCUAUCUGACGGCCCACUAUGGAGCGAUAGCGCCUGCCAUUUGCCACAUCAUCGAGUCGACGAGUGCGGUGCAGACAAGGAUAAUGGCAUUUAGGGUCUGUCGCUUUCUGCUCGUGAGCAGUCAGUUCUACAAACAUUUUCUGGCCUCCAAUGGAUUUCUGCAGCUGAUGCGGAUAUUUUCAGCCGUGAUGAAGAACAACGAGGCGCCCAAGGAGUCGCCGCAGGACAUCGAAGUGUCCGCCUUAAUUGGCCUGAAGCGUAAUCAGCAUCGUGAAAAGUAUUUCGAGGAGGUGGCUCGCAAUUUGGAAGGUGUCCGCAGCGACAUCUUCGAUUACCAGAUGCUAAAGAACUCCACCCGCAACUGUGAAUACAUCCUGCCCAAGGAGAACGAUGCCAUCGAGCUGGCCUACGAGAUCCUGAAGUGCCUGAUGCUCCUCUCUGCCCAGCAGAUUGGCAUGAGAGUUUGGGAGGUGCUGUCCCGGAACACAUCCCUUGCGCCCAUCGUGUAUUUCGUGAAGGAGGACAGCGAGCAGCGCUCAUCGGCACUUAAGAUACUUUCCAACUUCGGCAAGGAUCCGUGCGCCUUUUACAUGCUCAGCACGGCGGAUUCGAUUGUGGCUGCCUGUGAGCUGCUCAUGGCCGUGAAUAUGGCGAAGCCGCUAUCGGAGAGCGAGUGCCGACAUUGUGUGAACAUUAUAUCCACCUUAUCGACCGAUGCCUGCAGCCGUUCCAAAAUUCGACGCUGUGGCGCAUUACGCAAACUGGUGGCCAUGAUCCGAGAGUCGCAUUCUCGCAGCGAGCGUUCAUCGCUAUUUUACAUUCUGAACAACUUUCAAUAUGACAACCUGAGCAUGGAGCUGCUGCUGCAUGAGGGUCUGGUGCCCAUGUUGGUGCGCGAACUAAACGAUUAUCUGACCGGCGAUGAGGAGUAUCACAAGCGACGGCACGAGGAACGCAUGCAGGGUUUCAAGAAACGCAAACUGACCGAUCCCACAACGCCAGAGACGUUGAGCAAGUUCUCAAAGACGCAGGAGGCGCUCGCCACGGACUUUGACUCGCCGAGCAGCUCGCCCCGAUCAUAUCGUACCACAAGUCCGUGCAGCUCGCGCAGCAUGUCGCCAGUCUGCUCGAAACUCUUUGACAAUGAUGAGGAUGAGGACUAUUCGCCGGCCUGCAGUGAUGACGAUGACGAUGAGGAUGAUGGCAAGACUCAAGUCAAUUCUAAUAAUGACACACGAGAAUCUCGCAUUGCUGCGAAUCGGGCUCAACCCACCAAUGUGAUGGACAUCUUGAAUCUGAUGGACGAGGGCAGCGAGCCCAUUGACGACACCUUAUCGGACAAGGAGGAUCUGGAGGAGCUGAGCUCGGAUGUGCCGCCAAAGCUGGCCCAGUUGCGCAAUCAACAGUCUGGCGACACCAUCGAUGUCAUUGAGAAUCUCAUUUAUCGCAUUACCCUGAUGAUCAACAAGCGACCCGAGUUGGGCAAGCCGGAAACGCUUGACACUCUCAUCCGGGCCAUUAAUCUCUUCGGUGCCAACAACAACUUUGCCAAUGCUCUGACCAAUAUAUUGCUUGAAAGUCAGUUCUUUGCCCAGAUCAUCAAGCAUGGCGUUGUCCAUCAGCUCUAUCAGCUGACCAAGGUGGAAGAGAUGCGCAAGGAUGGCUUCGCAUUCCUGGAGACGCUCACCAAUGUGGGCGAGUCCAACUAUGGCAAGGAGGAGCUGGUCCGUCUGCUGCGCUGCGAUGCCGAUUUGAGUGCACAACAACGGGCUGCCAUAUCCGUGGCAUAUAUCAUCAAAAGCCAUCGGCUGCUCUAUCAGUUUCUGUAUGAUGGCAAUGCGCUCACGUUGUUGUUCGACCUGUUGCUGCGCAAGAAGAGCGACAAUCUGUAUGCGGAUGAGGCAGCCGAUGCAGUUACGGCCAUGUCCCGUUUCACGCUGGGCAUCAUUCUGCCCGAGCCGGAGCCAGUGGACGUCAAUGCCAUCAUGUGUGCGACUCAGUGGAAUGCAACGGCUGCACCGCUGCACGAGAAUUGUGAUAUGCGAUUCCUGGUGCAAGGCGAGGAGGAUGCAGCAGCACCAGCGGCAGCGGCAGCAGCAGCAGAGGCAGCAGCUGAGGCAGCAGCUGAGGCAGCAGCUGAGGCAGCAGCCGUAAAAGCAACUGAGAGCCAGGAAGCCACGUUCAGUAUUGGCUUCAACAAGCAGCUACUCUGUGAUACCAGCGAGGUGUUCAACAAGAUGCUCAACAGUGACUUUCGCGAGGGCCACGACGGCGAGAUUCAGCUGCGCAACUAUACGGCCAGUGGUCUGCGCUAUUUCCUCCACCUGAUUAGCUGCCAGUCGCGUCACUUGGCCAUGCCCGAGUAUGGGGCACUGCUGGAGGCGUUCGAGAUGUCGCGCGUCUACAUAAUACCCGAGUUGGAGGUGCUGCUCCAUGAACGACUCAUCCAGUUCCUCGAUUCGCACAACUGCCUGCGUCUCUUAGAGUGGGCGCUGAAGAACUACCAUGCCGAGCUCACGGAAACUGCCAUCAGCUAUUAUUUGUGCGCUGCGAUGCCCGCACAGGAUAAGCUGCAUCUGUUCCGCGCCGCCGAGGACUCCACAUAUGCCAGCGAAUGGUUCCAGCUGCUCAAUGAUGCCGUUUACGAGCGUUGUCGCAGCACCGGCUAUUAGUGCCCGGCUGCUGCCCCUUCUUCAGCCUUUACCUGCCAACUGUACUAUAUAUAUAUAUAUAUAAACGUGUGAUUAUUUGUGUGUUUGUUCUC